UUAUAAGUAUAUAUUAAUUAUUAAAUAUUAUUGUAUUGAAUUAUGGAGAGAAUUAUCUGGCCUAAUUUCCUUGUAAUAUGAAAUCAGAGUUUUUAGCAACCAGCAUUGUAAAUUAAGUACUAGCAGUACUCUCUCAAAUAUUGUUUGGUAAGUCAUUAUUAGAAUAAAUUAGAAUUGCAUAAUUACAAAAUACAAUAUUACAUAUUUUUUACACUCUUGCUGUAAGUGGUUUGCAAAUGGGAAUAUAUUUUAGAAUAUUUGCAACUGUUCUGUCAGAUGGUUGGUUAAAAUCAAUAUUUAGGUCCUUUACUGAGUGCAAAAUUUAAUUUUUACAAGUUGAAUCAUGAAAGAAUUUAUAGGUUUGUAAUACUCAGUAGCCUCCUUUCAUGAUUUUGAUCUUGUAAUGCUGUAGUCUUGUGAUCUUUCAGUACGAACUCUGACUAAUGCCUAACAAAAUUCACUUUCCAUUCCAUAAUUGUACACACAGUACAAUACUGCAAUGUUCAGACCACGUAAUAUGCUCAGUGAAAAAUAAAUCAGUUUCAAAACUACCAGCAGCUCUGUUUAAUUGCGAAGUAAAGUAGGUCAUGAUAAACUAGGAAAUUGUUACAGUACUAUGUGGGCUAGUACCAAUGGUUACUGAUACUAUCAUGAGGUGGUUAGUGCUGAUGAUUGUGUGUGUGUCUGUCUGUGUAUCUGUGUGCACCCAAAAUAUCAGAGUGUCAGUACGGCAGGGUCAACUGGGAGGAACUACUCUGUCCACAGUAAAAGGACGGAAAAUAUAUGCUUUCUACAAUGUUCCAUACGCAAAACCACCUAUAGGGCAAUAUCGUUUCAGGGUAUGUAUUACCUCACUGAGGGGAAGAGUCGGGGCCUGGGUUCUGUUAUCAGCAAAAGGGCCUGCUGUACUGGCCACUCGAACUGCAGACGUGCGACCACCGGCCGAUUACCAGGAGCCUCAGCCCCCGGAUCCAUGGGUAGGAGUGAGAAAUGCCACUGUCCCAGGCAAGGCCUGCCUACAACACAUCACUCAGUCCUUCCUUACUACGGGAGUAGAGGACUGUCUCUACCUCAACAUCUUCACUCCUAUUUUGCCAAAUGUUAGUGCCAUCCCCCCAUGGUUUUCCACCAUAGUUUUCUUCCACAACCAGGUGUUUAUCACCGGAGACUCAAACAUGUUUCGGCCAACCUUUCUGCUUGACCAGGACGUCAUCCUUGUAACAGUCAACUUCCGACUCGGUGUCCUAGGAUUCCUGAGCACAGAAGAUGAAGUGGUUCCAGGAAACAAUGGGCUCAAGGAUCAGGUAGCAGCUCUAAUCUGGGUGCGAGAGAACAUCCAAGCCUUUGGUGGUGACGAGGAGAGAGUGACCAUCGCAGGGAAUACAGCUGGAGCUGUGUCAGUCCACCUCCAUUACCUUUCUCCUCUCUCUAGAGGACUGUUCCAGCAAGGGAUAGCUCAGAGUGGGUCUGCCACUAUGCCGUGGGCUGUCGCUGAGAAUUUGCUCUCAAAAACUCAGUUCAUAGCAGCUACUCUGAACUGUACAACGAGCAACUCCAAGCUGAUGGUAGACUGUCUGAGAACUUUCGCUCCACAACAGCUCAUACUGUUUACUCAAAGUUAUGAGGUGUUCAUCAAUACGCCCUUUGCCCCAUUUGGUCCAUGCGUGGAGAGAGUAGGGGAACGCCCGUUCUUGCCUGAAUAUCCUUUUCGACUCCUUGAAAGAGGAUAUGCGCUGGAUCGGCCAAUUAUAUUCAGCGAUUGUGAAUAUGAGGGCUUGUACCCUCUAGCAGCAAUCCUGAAUAACGAAGAGCAGUUGGACUUCUUGAAUAGAAGAUGGGUUGAUGUUGCGCCGUAUUUACUGAAUUAUAACGAAACUGUUUCUGAAAUAUUUAAACCUAUAGUGUCGCUCAUAAUACAAAACCACUAUGUGAAGGGUCCUAUAACAGCCAGUUCAGCUUUUAAUGUUGUUAAGUUGUUUGGGGAUCGACAAUUUCUUGCAGACAACGGAAGAGCUGCAGCCCUGCAAGCAAAGCUUAACUUGUUUAGUCCUGUCUAUUUCUACCAGUUCAGAUAUAGAGGACAGAACAGUAACUCUGAAUUCUACAACCCGGCUGACUAUGGGAAUUAUGGGGCAGCAAAUGGAGACGAUUUACUAUACAUUUUGGAAAAUUCCGUAUUAUUUUUCAACUCCUCGUCUGACCAAAGGGAUGCAGAAAUGAGAGACUUGAUGGUUAAAUUAUGGGCCAGCUUUGCUAUCACAGGGGUUCCUGAUGUGGGAGGUGUGACUUGGGAUCCAGUCCCUUGCUCGGAUUUCCGCCAAGGGUACCUGACCUUCCUAGACAUAGCUGGACCAGACAGGCUGCAGAUGGUUAGGAAAUAUGACUUCGGCAACCAAGUCUUCUGGAACAGUCUUCCAUUCAAGGAACCUGAGAGUGGAAGGGAGUCCUGUUCAAAAAAGCCUUCAAGGUGUACAAAGAUCUCAUAAGAUAGGCUUUUUUCAAUCUAAAUGAUACCUUUUAUUGAUAUUCUAUUAUGAAAAAUGAGAUUUUUCUAGUUAUACAGGUUAAACCAACAUGGCAACAGUCAUUUAAUGUAUACAGAGUGUUCAAUAAAUGUGAAGAAAUAUUUUGGAAUAUGGUUCAAGAGGUGAAAAUUAUAAAAAGUU